UCCCCUUCUCUUGAAGACCCCAGAAGCCUCGGUGGCCACUGGCUCGCACCCAACCCCAGGGCAGGUGCAGCGAACGCCUGCAGCGCAAGGCCAGCCGGUCCCUCCCGGCCUCAGUUUCCUCCUUUGGACUCCCGCCAGCGCUUGCCCAACUCUAUAUUCCUUACGGCCAGGACGCGCUGUGGGGAUGGCCGGAGCCCUCUUGCCGACCGAAGAGACUGCCGCUCUGAGUCCUAACGCCGUAAGGCCGCACUGCUAACCGUGGCAACACCUGGCACCAGGGGACCACCGAGACGUCGGGACCUCCGCGCGGCCUAGAGUGGUCCCGGAAGUGCCCGCGGGCCGGGGGCGGGGCUCGGGGCGCUCCGGCGGCCGCGAUCUCCGCGUCAGCAGCUGCAGCAGAGCGAGGCGGCGUCGGCGGCGUCGGCCGCGGGUUGGAGCAGUUCAGGUGUGGCCCCGCCCCGCCCCAGAUUCUGAGAACAGUAAAUACAGUCCAAAGAGGAGCAUUUUUGAAGAAAUACAGUCAUUGGGGGUGAUAUAAGAUUCACAAUGGAGGUUCCCCCAGCCACCAAGUUUGGUGAGACCUUUGUGUUUGAGGACAGGUUAGAGACGCAGCAAGAACUUUUUCCUGGGGUGGACCUGGGGGACCCUUUUCUUCCAGAAAGAGGUUUGGAGCAAAUGGCUGUUAUCUACAAAGAGAUCCCUCUUGGGGAGCAAGAUGAGGACCGUGACGAUUAUGAGGGGAAUUUCAGUCUGUGCUCAAGCCCUGUUCAGCAUCAAAGUAUCCCCCUAGGAACCGGGUCCCAGGACGAUGAGCUGUUUAGCCAAACCUUCCUCCAGAAAUCCGACCUCGGUGUGUGUCAGAUAAUGCACCGUGGAGGAGAGUCCAGUCCACGCAGUUGCGUGGAAGCAGACGGGGGGGACUCGGGACCGACCGCCACUCGCCGCUCGCCGCAGCCGGCCAAGCCGUACGCGUGUCGGGAGUGCGGGAAGGCGUUCAGCCAGAGCUCGCACCUGCUGCGGCACUUGGUAAUUCACACCGGGGAGAAGCCGUACGAGUGCUGCGAGUGCGGGAAGGCGUUCAGCCAGAGCUCGCACCUGCUCCGACAUCAGGUCAUCCACACGGGGGAGAAGCCGUACGAGUGCCGGGAGUGCGGGAAGGCCUUCCGCCAGAGCUCCGCCCUGGCGCAGCACCAGAAGAUCCACACCGGGAAAAGGCCCUACGAGUGCCGGGAGUGCGGGAAGGACUUCAGCCGCAGCUCCAGUCUCCGCAAACACGAGCGCAUUCACACGGGAGAGAGACCCUACCAGUGCAAGGAAUGUGGGAAGUCCUUCAACCAGAGUUCAGGCCUGAGCCAGCAUCGGAAAAUCCACACCCUGAAGAAGCCUCACGAGUGUGAGCUCUGCGGGAAGGCCUUUUGUCACCGGUCACACCUCAUCCGCCACCAGCGCAUCCACACGGGCAAGAAGCCGUACCAGUGCGACGAGUGCGGCAAGGCCUUCAGCCAGAGCUCCAACCUCAUCGAGCACAGGAAGACCCACACGGGCGAGAAGCCCUACAAGUGCCACAAGUGCGGCAAGGCCUUCAGCCAGAGCUCGUCGCUCAUCGAGCACCAGCGCAUCCACACGGGGGAGAAGCCGUACGAGUGCUGCCAGUGCGGCAAGGCCUUCUGCCACAGCUCGGCGCUCAUCCAGCACCAGCGCAUCCACACGGGCCGCAAGCCCUACGCCUGCGAGUGCGGCAAGGCCUUCCGCCACCGCUCGGCGCUCAUCGAGCACUACAAGACUCACACCCGGGAGAAGCCCUACGAGUGCAACCUGUGCGGGAAGGCCUUCCGGGGCAGCUCGCACCUGAUUCGGCACCAGAAGACCCACGCCGGGGGCAAACUGUAGAGCGAGGGCCCCGGGCCAAAGCGUGAAAGACUUUGCCGGACAGAGCUGCUUUGCUAAGAUGACGACGCCACGUGGAAUCCCUUUGGCGCCAGCGCUCCCGAGGGUCCCCACUAACGGGGAGCGCCCCCAGCUGGCGCCCGGCGCAGGCUCCAGCUCUCCGCAGGGAACUGCGCGCAGUGGAGGGCGGGGCAACAGGGCGGCCAUGGCGCAGAGCUGGCCUUCAGCCUUCUCGUUCUCCCGGUUGACUCCUGAGCCGACGAGACUUGAUUCUGCCCUCUCUUUGCUUUUCCCAGAAUCCAGAAGAAGAAUAUAUAUGUCAAGAGGGAGAAGGCUGAGUUAAACCCAGGAAAAUGUCAGAUUCACGCCUUGUAUCAGGCUGCAGUCUGGCGCUUUUCGAAGACAGAAACCACGUUCACGGUCUGCGUCAGCAGAAGAAAAAUGAAUUCGAAAAUAGAUAUGUCAGCAGCAAAGAGGGAUUUUCUGCCUGGGUUGGGCCUUGGUGGAGCCACCAAAUAGGUCAACAGAGCAAAGGGGGAUCUGGAAGCGUGUCUUGGGAUGGGGAUGAGAUGGUGAGCCCCCUGGGUGUGUUCUCUUAGCCCCUUCUUAGCGUGAGGACUGGCCCUGUCAGAGGGCUCUCUCGCAGGAUGGUAGAGGCACUGGGCUGACUGCUUCCAGGAAAACCCUUCCCUGAGACCGGGUGCCCCCAAGAUCACAGUGUGCCUUGGGCAUCAGCAAGGCCCACCUCUCGUCUGGUCUGGCGGUGAGGUAGCCUCAUCUCCCAUGUCAGGGGACUCGGGAAGCAGGGAGGUUUGGUGGAGAAGGCCAUGGUCCAAUCAGAGGUCUGGGUUCAAAUCCCAGUACCACCCCUGUCUACCUGUGUGACCUUGGGCAGGUCCUGUAACCUCCCCAGGCUCCAUUUCCCCACCUGUGAGGUGAGGUAAUGAGACUUGGCCACUACCUCUGAGGUUGGGAUGAGGCGCCCAUUUAGAAUGAGGCCAUGUGAGAAAGAGUCUUGGUUGGCAACUAAGGACAGAGACCUAAAAGUACCCCAACCCUGCCCAGAGGUGUAGACUGGAAGGGUGUCUUCUCUCUGGGUCCUGAAACAGGGCUUGCAGCAGGCCCUUCUUAGACAAGGCUCGCCCUCCAUCCCUCCUUCCCUCCAGCUUGCACCUGGGCUGCACCGGCCCCACUGAUGUGGCAUCCCACACAGGGAUGCUUCCUCCCAGAUGCCAUCCUGCACCUCCUGCUGUGGCAGUGUCAUUCUGCCUCUCCUGCCAGCUGGAGCUCACCUGGUGGUUAUUUAAGCAGUGCCAUUUCCUGU